AUGGACAUAUUGCGGAAUAAGUUCGAUGGAAAUAUAUCAGAAAAUAGUAACGAAACACUCAAUGAACCACUGAUCCGGUUACAUCCGAAUUUCAAUGAGUGUCCGAAACCUCAGCAUGGCAACAAUUCAGAUGAACUUUUACGAGUAUGGGCACUUCGUCAUAGCAUUACUCAUCAUGCUUUGAAAGAUUUACUGACAAUAGUUAAACAACAUUACCACGAUAAAACUUUGCCGUCAGAUCCAAGAACUCUCCUGGGUACUCCACGAAAUAGCAGUAAACUGUGCCUUCCAAUCAGCGGAGGUAAAUAUUGGCACCACGGACUUAGAGCUUGCUUGAAACAAUGGUUCGGAAAUUUAUCUACUGAUAUUGUUAUAAGUAUCAACAUCAAUAUUGAUGGUUUACCCAUACAUAAAAGUUCGAAGUUUCAACUUUGGCCUAUUUUGUGCAAUGUCCACGAAUAUCCCGAUUUACAAGUAUUACCUAUAGGAAUAUUCAUUGGAAAAACCAAACCUGCAGAUGUUAACGAGUUCCUGACACCUUUUGUGGAUGAAAUUAUCCUUUUUAUAAAGAAUGGUGUUGUUGUGAAUGAUCACAAAGUAAGCAUCAAACUCAGGUGUUUUAUUUGCGACUCGCCAGCGCGAGCAUUCGUCAAAGGAGUCGUGAAUUUCAACGGAAAAAAUGGAUGUCUGAAGUGUACGAUAACUGGAGAAUAUUCCCACAUUUCUCGUACCGUGGUGUUUCCAUCUAUCCGUUGCCCACUGCGAACUGAUGAAAUAUUUCGUCGUAAAGAGUAUGGUAGACACCACACCGCUCGGGAGUCACCUUUACUAAAAAUUCCAGGGCUCGACAUGAUCCAGGAUUUCGUGGUUGCUGAUCAAUUACACCUGUUAGAGCUAGGAAUAAUGAAACGCUUAUUAACUGGAUGGAGAGAUGGUAACCUAGAUUUGCAGGAAAAAUGAGUGCAUAUCAAAUACAACAUUUAUCAGCUAUGAUUGAAAGCGUGAAACUGCCAAAAGAAGUUCACCGAAAAAUGCGAGGAAUAGAUUGUCUGGCAUUUUGGAAAGAAACAGAGUGUCGUACGUUUUUAAAUUAUGUGGGAAUUGUUGUUUUAAAAGGUGUGUUAAACGAAACUUUAUAUAAACAUUUUUUGUUGCUUUUUACAGCAGUAACGAUUUGUUCAUCAGAUUUUCAUGCAAAUUUACGACCAACAGCACAGGGCCUUUUCGAAAAAUUUAUUCAAGAAUUCAUGAUAAUUUAUGGAGAACAAUACAUAACUAGUAAUAUUCACAACCUAGAACACAUUGUUGGCGACGUGGAUCGAUUUGGAUCAUUAAACACAAUAUCGGCUUAUCCAUUCGAAAGUUAUUUAUCUCAGAUUAAAAUAUUUGUACGGCAGGGUAACAACUGUUUAGAACAAGUUGUUAACAGGUUGCUUGAAAAAAAUGAACAACUGAAACAAAAAGAAAAUUUUACACCCAAAGUGACAAGACGAGGAAGCUUUGUUCAAUGUGAAAUCAAAAACGGACUAUUAAUUAGCAACACAUUCAAAGACUCGUGUUUUUUGGCAAAAAACUUAGACAUAGUACAGAUGACCGAUGCUACAAUUGAUAUUUUUAAUAACAUUACUAUUCAUGGCUCCCCCGUAUCAAAUUUCUAUAACUUUUUUGAUUUUCCAAUUCCUUCAUCAAAACUAUAUAUUUUUUUGACAAAUUUAUGUAUUAGUUCCAGGAAGGCAUACACUAUAAAUGAAAUGUUUUGUAAGUUUGUAGUUGUCCCGUAUACGCGAAACAAUGUUGUAUUGUUACCGUUACUUCAUACAUUUUGUGCUGACUAAAAAGAUAAACACAAGCUCAACAAAUUUAACAGUUCAAAGUUUCUAGAAACAUAUGUAUUUUAAGCGAGCAAACAUGUCAAAUUUACAUUAAAAACAACUUCAGGAAAUUUUUAAUAAA